UCAUUUCUGCCUCUUGGUGCCUCCCAGCUUAGACAGAGCUACACUAUCAGGAGCAAACAGACAUCUGCACGCACACACACACCGACACGCGCUGCUGGGGAGAUGAACACCGACAUGGUUUUGCUUUGGUGUCAGAUAUAACCCACUUCUGGAAUAGGAGAGCUAUCGAGACUGGUUGAGAGGGGAUGUCGGGAUGUCGGUGAAGUUGCAAUUCGAUUGUCCAGGUGAAGGUGGGGUGGUGCAGAGGAGUCGCUCUUUCACUGGAGUCAACACACUCAGUAGCCGACGCAGGCUGUCUUCAGCUCGCAAUUCUCUACGCACCAAAGUUCUGGUAGGAAAAUCGCCAAGAAUCCCACCUUCUGCUCGGAUGGCCGGGAGCAUUUGGGGACAGCAGCCUGAGCAGGUGGACAGAAUCUUCCAGGCCUUAAGGAAGGGGCUUAAGGAGUACCUGGAAGGUCAUCAGACAGAGCUGGACUUCCUCUCAUCACAGCAAAGAAACACAAAAAGAAACUCAAGACUGGCUUUUUUCUAUGACUUGGAGAAGGAGAUACGAGCCUUGGAAAGAUACAUGCGACGACUGGAGUUCCAAAUUAGCAAGGUGGAAGAGCUGUAUGAGACAUAUUGCAUCCAGUGGCGGCUAUGUCAGGGCGCAGUGAACAUGAAGCAAGCAUUCUCCCUCUCGCCAUCCUCACGAGCAUCUCGAGAGAGUCUGCUGGAGCUUAACCGCAACCACAGACACAGCCUGGAGGAUAUGUGUGCAAUGGAGGGGGAACUGGAGAUUCUGCUAGGAGAACUACAAAUCAAAAUGAAAGGGCUGAUUGGAUUUGCUCGCCUCUGCCCAGGGGACCAGUAUGAGGUGUUAAUCCGGUUGGGCCGGCAGCGAUGGAGAAUCAGAGGGCGGAUCCAGACUGAUGACAGACAGCUGUGGGAUGAAGAGGAAAUGGUCUUCCUCCCUCACAUCCAUGAAAACUUUGAAAUUAAGGUAACUGAGGUGAAGGGGCUGAGCUCCAUCCUGGUGGGUAUGGUAACAUGUAAGAGUGCAGACUUCUUCAUGGUGCAUCCACAGCUGAUGGUUGUUGACAUUACGGAACUGGGAACCAUCAAACUCCAGCUGGAGGUGGUCUGGAAUCCCUUUGACAGUGGUGAGGUGAAGCCUGUCAUGUCAUCUGCCAGUCGACAGUCUAUCCAAAGCAGGAAGGGACUGAUGUACAACUGGACACCUCCAAAUACUCCCAGCUUCACAGAGAAAUACUUUUUAUCUAUGAUGCAUCAGCUACAAGAUGCAGAUGGCUCCUUCUCCAUUGGCUCACGUGAAUCGAGGGGUGUGUCUUUACUCAGCUACCUAUCUGACUCCGCUCAGGCACUCACUCCACUGGUGUAUGAUAGAGCCAGCCACCCACCAGUCAUCCUAGACCCUUCCACCGACACUCAGUCUGUGGAUGAUGACCUUCUAAAGACACCCCUGGGAGAGGGGGAUGGGAGCAGCGAGUGGCCAUCUGAGCCUGAGACAGGCUCUUUCAGCCCAGGGAGCAGCAAACAAGACUCCAUACUCCUUUUCCAGUGCUACAGCACCCCUGACAUCCUUCGACAAAACUGCGAGGUGGCAGCAAACCUAGAGGUGGAAACCAAGGGAAUGACUGCCACACAUGAUGGCAGGGACAAGGCCUUGGCAGAGCAGGUGGCCAAGGAGAAGCCACAGGCUCCCACUGGGGUUGUAAGAGUUUUUCAAAGGAGAGAGGCAGCUGUAAAGGUCAGCUUAGCACUGGCAGAGCUGGACACUACCUUGUUAGAGAUGAGCUGCGCUGAAGAAGAGCUGAAGCGUCUGGAUCACCAAACCUGGCAACUCAGUCAGGUUUUGAAGAGUGAUGUCUACCCUCUUCAGAGCUCCUCUAGUGAGACUCUAGCUGUAGAGGAAGAAGAGGUGCUGGGCAGUUUUGACUUCCUGUCCACUGCCUUCAACGCAGAUGACAUCUCCUGCAUGGGUAGCGUCAGACUUAGGGACACUAGGAUGGGUUUGCACAAGGAAAGCACUGUGAAAGGCCUGAGGGUGAUGUCUCAGGAUACUGCCCUGUCUUCAGAGGGACAAGAAGCAGGGUAUAGGCCCAAAAGAGGGGAGAGUGAGGACAGGCACCCCCUUAGCACAGGGGACUACACUCUGGAUCAAGCCCUGGAGGUCCACCUCACCAUGUGUACUGCACUACUGAGGGCUCUGAGACUGUCAGACUCGGAGCAUGUGCGGCAGGACCUUCUGAUAGAGCUGUCAUGUCAAACUGAGGUGCUUGAAAAAAUCGACACUUUGACACACAAGAAAAACGAAGACAUCUCAGCCACAGAAAUGCUGUCUGGUGCACCGAAGGUGAGGACUCUCCAGGCAUUUUGGGAAGAGUGUUGUGGCAGUGAUGCAGCUUUCUGCUGCCCUGCUGAUGUGUUUCUCAGGACCAUGCGCAAGCGUUUCAUGCACAAAGUGAAAGCCAAGUUACCAGGCCAAGCUGAUACAGUCUUUGGUCAGCUGUUACAGCAGGUCCAGUCCAGCUCUGUGAUGGUGCCACUGGCACUGGCCACAGCGGACCGAGUGACAGUGUUUCAGCUCCAGGUCUACCUUAGCCGACGGAAGCUGAUGGACUUUGGGGAGCACAUAUCACACCUCUCCAAGGAAGUGCAUUUGGUCUCUUGUCUGGAGAGCCCCAAGAGGAGGCGGACCCUGAAGAAACUUAAGGGGAAGAGGAUCUCAGAGUUGCAGCCAAUGGGACAAACCCUACAACUUCUGGCCAAGCUACUAACAGAUGCCAAUUACAAAGUUGCUACGACAGCCACAUCCUGUCUCUGCAGGGCCUCGGGGUUUAAGUCCUUCAGGUCAAAGGCCUUGGUGUACUAUACUUGGCUAUUGAGAGACAGUGACACACAAAUACAGCAACAGUCUUGUUUGGCGCUGAAAUGCUUAAAGGCAACAGAAAGUGCUGAGCAGGUGGCUGAGCUGUGGCGCUCUGCAGAUGAAGAUUUGAGGAACGCUGCCAGAGAGACAGUGCUUUCAUUUGGUAAAAAAGGCCAUGAAGCCUUCCAGCGAAUGGACCGGAUCUGCAGUGAAUUACACGAGGAGAUUUAUAAGAACCUGGACACAGAAAUCACGAUUUUCUAGAGAACACAAACAUUCUCUGUGACGGCGGCAGUUGAAUGGAAGUGAGGGGCGGGGGUGCAAAGAGGUGCUCUUUUUUAUCCAUUGUGUUAUCAAUGAUGGAAGCAUUUCACAACACACAAAUUACAGAAGUACUAGUCUUCUCAAGGUAACGCAAUGACUUGUCUUGAUGUAAUGUCGAAGGACCACUAAUGUGCAGCCCCGUCUCAGGGGAUCUGUGGGUUACAUAAGGCAGAGAGUGAAAUAAGGAACAUGUGAAGGCAUUUAGUAAUUGGGGACUGGGAACGAGGCAGGUGCGAGGUGUGAUCCUUAGCAGGAGUGGACGUGUCCCUCCUGCUAUCUGGCUGACCAACCGUGACAUUCACCUAGUUUAGCCCAUUUUUACCUGUUAGCAGAAGAUACUAACAGACUUGGCCCAGUAUUUAAACACAAAGAACAGCAUUAAUAUUCCAUUCAGUAAGAAAAGCAUAAAGCGAGCUGAAGGGAGCCAAAAACCUUACAAUUGGAAAAUUCCGCUUUUAAAAAAUGUCAACUGUAGUAUUUCUACAGGUCCAAAUGAUAUACAGCAGGAUAUUGUUUGGAUUCUUUAGAGUCUAGUCUUUAUGCAGACUAUCUUUUUUGUAUAAAUCCUCUUAUAGUUAAAUAUUUAUGUGAAUUGUAUUCUAUAUUUCAUCAAUAUAAAAUGUAUACAUGAAACAUUAUGCCAAUAAAUGUAAAUAAAUGACCUAAUAUUUUGGAUGACAGGAGUGUGAAAAAGAAAAAGAAAUUGAGUUGUUGUUUUUUUUAAUUUUAGAAUAAAUAAUCUAAGUCUCGAGUCUCACUGACAAGAUGAGUGGGUAAGAACUCAGGACAGAUUAAAAAGCUCUGUGUGCAUCAGAAGUAAACCCAACAUGAAGAGCAUGAUCCACUGCAAAGAUAAGCAGCAGCAAUUUGUGUGAAUUCAGUCAGUUGAUAUAUGGACACUAGAAAUGACAUCUGAGUAAAAUGAACCUUUUUGCCUGGUUUGGUAUUGGUAUGUUUUCCUUAUCUUAAGGUACAGGAGGAAAUAUGUUGCACUACAAAGCAGUUCAUGAACAUAAAAGUGUUGCAUCUGCAAAUGUAUAAACUUGGUAAAAUUAUGAAACACCUUGUAGAUGUAUAGAUAUACUGCCCAUCUGUUUCCAUGCACAACUUGUGUUGGCAAUCCUCCAACCCAUGAAUGGUCAGCUUCAGACUAGAGGACAACUGUUUGCUGACCACUCCUAACCCAGCAGACACUGACAUGCAAAAUAAACCCUCCAGCAACAUUAUCAAGGCUGAUAAAUUAAUGCAGCAGCCUUACCAUGUCAUUGUCACUGCUGUGUUGACAAUGGUCAGUUACCCAGAUAGCAUCAGGUCAGCAGUGGUACUGUGGCUGGUUGACAAACAGCAACAGACGGGCAACAGCGUGUAACUGUACACCUACAAGUAG